UCCAGGUCGCACUCAACGAUGUCACUGUCUGCGCGCCCGCAGCGCCGAGUCCUCGUCACCAAGAUCAAUAGGAGCCAGUCCUUCGCCGGAGUGAACUCGACGGCCGACCGGCCCUUCAGGAACCUCUCGCCCUUCACCCCCACCGUCUCCCGCAAGACUGGCUCCAGGGUCAGUAGGAUGUUCUCCAUGUCCCACAAAUCCCCACCACCCAAGGUGCCUCAGCCCAACCGCCUGGACGAGGUGUACGAAGCUCUCAAGAAGGGCCUGACAGCCUACCUGGAGGUGCACCAGCUGGAGCUGGAGAAGCUCAGCACCCAGAUCCGUGAGUCGAAGAGGAAUUCGCGCCUGGGCUUUCUCUACGAUCUGGAUAAGGUAAGUGGGAGCAGUGCCCCCCGUGCUGUCCCCUGCCCUGCCCCUCGCCGCAGCUCGGGCCUGUCCUUGCAGAUAGAUGAGCUCUACGAGGCUUACUGCAUCCAGCGCCGGCUCCGCGAUGGAGCCCACAACAUGGUCAAGGCGUACAGCACGGGCUCUCCGGGCAGCCGGGAGGCACGCGAGAGCCUGGCCGAGGCCAGCAAGGGCUACAAGGAGUACACGGAGAACAUGUGUCUGCUGGAGAACGAGCUGGAGAGCCAGCUGGGCGAGUUCCACGUCCGGAUGAAAGGACUGGCAGGCUUUGCCCGGCUCUGUGCUGGUGACCAGUAUGAGAUCUUCAUGAAGUACGGACGGCAGCGGUGGAAGCUGCGGGGCCGCAUUGAGGUGAACAGCAAGCAGGUGUGGGACAGCGAGGAAAUGGUCUUCUUGCCCCUCGUCACCGAGUUCCUCUCCAUCAAGGUGACAGAGCUAAAGAGCCUGGCAAACCAUGUUGUGGUGGGCAACGUGUCCUGCGAGACCAAGGACCUUUUUGCAGCCCUGCCCCAGGUUGUGGCUGUGGAUAUCAAUGACCUGGGCACCCUCAAGCUCAGCCUGGAGGUGACCUGGAACCCCUUCGACAAGGACGACCAGCCCUCGGCAGCCAGCACCGUCAACAAGGCCUCCACGGUGAACAAGAGGUUCUCCACCUAUAACCAGAGCCCGCCCGACACGCCGUCCCUGCGGGAGCAAGCCUUCUAUCUGCAGCCCCUCGAACGGGAGCUCAAGCGCCUGGAGGAGAUGCUGCUGCAGAAGCAGGGCAUCUUCCUCAGCCGGGCCUCCAGCAUCAGCCUGACGGUGGAGCAUGCGCUGGAGAGCUUCAGCUUCCUCAACACCUCCGACAUGGAGGACUCGGAGGGCUCCGAGGAGGAGCCUCUCCAAGAUGAGAUGCACAGCAGGGCUUGUGGGGUGGGGCGCAGGCUUGACACCUACGUGAUGGAGCUGGCAGAGGAAGCGCUCCUGGCUCAGAAUCUCAACUCGGAUGACCAGGACGUGGUGCUGCGUGCCCUGAAGCGCGUGCCCGAGAGCCGGCUGAAGAAGGAGGGACUGAAGGCGCUGAGCCUGCUCCUCGUGGAAGGCAACAGCAAGGUGGUGAGCGCCGUGUCGGCCCAGCUCCGCAGCCUGGCAGAAAACCCUCGCUUCCGCCAACGGGGUGUGGCGGGGUGUGCGGCGCUGGGCUGCCUGAAGGCCAAGGAGAGCAUUGAGCAGCUGGUUUACCUGUGCCAAACCGACAAGGAGCCUGUGCGGGAGGCGGCCAAGCAGAGCCUGAUGCUGUGCGCUCUGCCGGGCAAGAGCAAGCUGGCAGCGGGCAGCGCUGGCCAGGUGGCCUGUGGCUACAGAGCACUGAGCCCGCUUGUUAUUUAUUAUUUGCUAGAUGGCCCUGAGAGAACCAUCUGA